AGCCAAUAAAGUUUAUCGGUGUGUUUUGAACUUUUGAUAAGAACUUUCGAAUAUUUCCAAUAUUCCAAUCUUCCAAAAAACGAAUCAACUAUGAAUUAAUUGAAUAAUUUAGCGUUAAUUUUGUAAAAAUUCGAUGAUGGCCGCUUCUUUAUUAUCCAGUAUCACAAGAUUGACACCGUUCAUCAAUCGUCCAGCUGUUUUCAACGUUCUGGUUGAAGGAAGUCGUACUUUAUACAUUCAAUCAUGCCUCUUUCGAGCCAAGAAAGGUACUCGAGAACGUAAAUUAAAACUGUUGAAAAAACGCAAAGCUCAAAAAGCUGCGUUGUUAUUGAAACAAGGCCCCUAUGUACCCUACACUAAAAGAAAGCAAACCAAGGAUGGUGAAACAAUUCAGAAGAGAAGAAUAUCCGACGAUGAUCGCGAAGAAAUUGCUGACAAUGUAUGGCACGCUGAUAUGUUCAAAUUCAGAGUGUUCAGCUUUGAAGAAGCGGUGAAAUGUGUGAGGGAAGUUUUCCAUCCGUCUAUAUACAAUCUUCCUAAUGCACCAAUCAACGCGUUUAUCGAAUUAGACAUGUCAACCGAUAAAAGAACGAAAUUUUACGAAGGGUUUGCCAACGUUGUUCCAGUGAACUAUCCUUUUCCGCAAAAUGAUGACAGAUCGAUAUUAGCGUUUUGUAAAUUACGCGAACAAAUGGAUGAUGUAACCGAAGCUGGAGCAACUUUAGCUGGAGGAGCUGAAAUUAUUAAGCAAAUCAAGAGAGGAAAAAUCAAAUUACCUGAUUUUCAAUUCGUUAUCGCUCAUCCUAACAUUAUGAGCGAAUUGAUCUCCAUCAGAGGCUUAUUACGAAAAAAAUUCCCUUCUAUAGAAAAUGGAAAAUUGGGAGUCGAUUUAACUCAAUUGGUUAAAGAUUUACGUUCCGGUGUGAAGUACGAAGCUAAACGAGAUGAAUUUGAGAUGGAUUAUGGAUAUGUCGACGUAGCCAUCGGACAUGUGAAUAUGGAAACUGCUCAUUUGGAAGAUAAUUUCCAAAAAGUUAUUGAAAAUAUUAAAACUAAGGGACCAAAAAGAAAAAAGAACAUGGAUAAUUAUAGAUUUGUAACCAGGUGUUUCAUCACUGCUCCCGAUCAUACAGAAAAGUUUAAGAUAGCAGUUGAAGAAUAUUUAGGAGAAGAAGAAGUAGUCAGCUCGGACGAUGAAGACGAAGAAGGAACUGCUGGAAGUUCAGAACAACCUGCUCAGGCUUAGUUUCUUUAGCAACUUAUCUUUGUUAUGUAAAUGUUGAGAUUAAACCAUUAAAAAUAAUAAAUCCAAAAGUA